AGUCAGACGGGCUGGACGCUGGUGUAUAAAACCUCCUCGCCUCGUGCCGUUCGACCACAGCGGCCUGGAGUUGCAGAUGUCACGGAUCAGAUGGAGGGUUUGGUUUUGGGUUCUUAUCCACAGGCGGUAAUUUUAACAAAACCUGGACCAACUCAUUCACCGUCUGUCUGCCGGUAGGAGAGGAGCGGCCUUAACUGUUCCUGAAACAGAAAUGGAAAUUUACCCAAAAAACUCUAAAUGUACCUGAACUAUAAGAUACAGCUUCGGGAACGAUGAGCGAGAAACGAGUCUCCUUUUCCUUCCACAACAUCUGUGUCUUGUCUCUGACUAGAUGGCGCGACCGGCAACUGUUGACUUGAAGAUCAAAAGCCCCGCGGUGCGUCUGACUGCUGCUCCUGAAACCAAUCCAGUCCAUUAGGACCUGAGGAACACAGGAUGGAGGGUCCCGGUCUGGUCUCCUCGACCCCCGCGCCCCCCGUCCUCGGAGUCACGAACGAGACCUUCGGAGCGGUCUGGUCUCCCGGUCUGCUCUCCCAGGUGAGCCUAGCGGGACUGCUCUCCGCCAUCACGCUCGGCACCACGCUAUCCAACGCCUUCGUGAUCACAGUGAUCUCCCGGUCGAGGAAAUUACAAACUCCGGCAAACUUCCUGAUCGCGUCGCUCGCGGUCACCGACCUGCUCGUGUCCGUGCUGGUGAUGCCGAUCUGCGUGUUGUACACCGUCACGCACAUCUGGUCCCUGGGCCAGGUGGUGUGUGACCUCUGGCUCUCCUCGGACAUCACCUGCUGCACCGCCUCCAUCCUCCACCUGUGCGUAAUCGCCCUGGACCGCUACUGGGCCGUCACGGAUGCGGUGGAGUACUCCGCAAGGCGGACCCGGUCGCGCGCGGCCGGGAUGGUGGCGGGCGCGUGGCUGAUCGCCGUCAGCAUCUCGCUCCCGCCGCUCCUCUGGCGGCGGGAGAGGGCGGAGGAAGAGCUGACCAGCUGCACCGUCAACACCGACCACAUCUUCUACACAAUCUACUCUACGUGCGGCGCGUUCUACGUGCCCACGCUGCUACUCCUCGCGCUCUACGGGAGGAUCUACGCGGAGGCGCGUAAAGUCAUCCUGAAGCAGUCUCCACGGAAGGCCACGGGGGCUGCCGGGAAGAGGCUGACCUCCGCGCGCCUGGUCACCGACUCGCCCGGGUCCGCGGGGUCCGCCUCGUCCUCCUGUAGACCCGACCAUCCCUCGAGCGACCCCGGGUCCCUGGCCGGUGAGAGGGGGGUGGAGGUGACGGUGUCGGACGCCCUGUUGGAGAAGAAGCGCGUCUCCGCGGCCAGAGAGCGGAGAGCCACGCGGACGCUGGGGAUCAUUCUCGGCGCGUACAUCGGUUGCUGGCUCCCCUUCUUCAUCUACACCCUGGUGGUGGCUACUUGCGACGCGUGCUUCUAUCCGGAGCUCUUUGACUUCUUCAACUGGCUGGGCUACCUGAACUCCCUGAUCAACCCUGUGAUCUACACCAUGUCCAAUGAGGAUUUCAAGAAGGCUUUCCACCGCCUCGUGCGCUUCCGGUGCUGUCGGCCCUGAGCGGUUCAUCAGAAGAAUCGUUAUUCUACCUCUACAACAUCACCUUUACUCUACGGAUUGUGUGUGUGUGUGUGUGUGUGUGUGUGUGUGUGUGUGUGUGUGUGUGUGUGUGUGUGUGUGUGUGUGUGUGUGUGUGUGUGUGUGUGUGUGUGUGUGUGUGUA